AUGGCGGCGUCAGCUAUCAAGAAAGCCACCAUCACUGCAGUGUUUCUCGUUGUCGCUACGGUGACCGCGACGGCUCAGAAGCCAUUGCAUUUUGUCGUUGUGGCGGAGAAAGGCAACAAUGUUGCUGCGCUAAUGAUAACCGAAACGCUCAAGAAGAGCACCAAAGUAGCUCUCGACUACUCUCUCGUUGAACUAGACCCAGACGAAGCCAUCAUUGCAAACGUGUGCAGCGCCAUCUUUGAUGGUCCGAAGAAGCCAGACGUUCUCAUCGAUGCCGUGCGCACCCCGGGCACUGCGCACAAGCUGUCGACGGCGGUGCGCUACUCGGCACGCCUGUUGGGGCUGCCGACGCUGAGCCUCACGUACGGCGCGCACGACGACUACACGCUCAGCGGCUGGGAUCGACUGAACGAGACCGAGGAACAGUUUUUGAUUCACGUAACACCGCCUGGGGAAACCUACACGCAGGUGAUUCGGGGCAUCUGUGAUAAGAUGAACCUCGCCACAGCCGGCAUCAUCUACGACCGGAGCGUCAUCAUCGACCACAAGUACGCCCGACUGCUGGAAAACUUGCCGACUAUGAAUAUCAUGAGAGAGUUCGAUGGCACCAAAGACGACUUCAAGAAACAAGUGAAGUGCAUUCGCUCCACGGACGUGUGGAACUUCUUUGUUGUUGGCACGAGCAGCACGUUGAACAUGGUCUUGGACCUGAUUCGCCCAAAUAAGUGGGACAAUCGCCAGUAUACCUGGUUUUUUAUCUCAAAGGAGGACUACGAUCCCGAAUGCUCGGACUGCGACAAUGUCUCCUUCAUUGUGGCCAAGCCGAAGGUCACCAGUAGGUCUCUAUUCGCGGCAGCCAAGAAAGACAAAAACUUUGAAGCCCAAAGAGAACAGGCUGACGCGGCCUUCUACAUCGACGUGACGAAGAUGAUCAUCGCAGCCGUUAACAAAGAGAGAGCAAGUGGCAGGCUUCCCGACCUGGAGUACCCUACGUGCGCUGACGCGAAGCUUACUAGCUCCAUGAUUGAGUCCCGCAAGAGCAUCACCCUCAGAAAGACAAUGAUGCAGGUGGAAAAGAUGGAUCAGGGGGGACCAUUCGGACCCAUCGUCAUACCGGAAAAAGGAAAUGGGUACCAAAAAAUUAGCAUGGUUCUGAAGAGAUACACUCCCACAGGGAGGCCAGCAGCAAUGUUCUACCUCGGUCUUGGAUACUGGUUAUACGACCAACCUGACGGGUACCUGAAGGAAACACCCGGAGGAGAUAUGAAGAUGUACGCUGCGGUCAAGAUGUUGCGGGUCACCACUGUCGCCCAACCACCGUUCGUAAUCCUGAAGAACACCAGCGACGGGGAGAUCCAAUUCGAGGGAUACUGCAUCGACAUGCUCGACGAAAUCAAGAAGAUUCUCAAUUUUGAGUACUCAAUCUACGAAGCACCAGACAACACAUUCGGUUCCCUCAACAACUACACAAAAGAAUGGAACGGGAUGAUCCGGGAGCUAAUCGACAAGAAUGCUGACAUUGCCCUGGGGCCACUUUCGGUGACGGCCGAGCGCGAGUUGGUGGUGGACUUCACCGUUCCCUACUACGACAUGGUCGGCAUCUCGAUCCUCAUGAAGAGACCCGCUGUGAAGUCGUCGCUUUUCAAGUUCCUCACCGUGCUCGAAGAGAGCGUCUGGGGGUGCAUCCUGGCGGCCUACUUUUUCACAAGCUUCCUCAUGUACGUCUUCGAUCGCCUGAGUCCGUACAGCUACCGCAACAACAAGGAGAAGUAUGCGGACGACGAGGACAAGCGGGACUUCAGCCUCAAGGAGUGCCUCUGGUUCUGCAUGACGUCGCUCACGCCACAGGGUGGUGGAGAGGCGCCGCGCAACCUUUCUGGACGGUUGGUGGCGGCCACCUGGUGGCUCUUCGGCUUCAUCAUCAUCGCCUCGUACACGGCCAAUCUGGCCGCCUUCCUGACUGUGUCCCGACUGGAGACGCCCAUCGAGUCGCUGGACGACCUCUCCAAGCAGUACAGGAUCAAGUACGCACCCCAGAACGGCACGGCUACGAUGACGUACUUCGAGCGCAUGGCCGGCAUCGAGAACAAGUUUUACGACAUCUGGAAGAACAUGUCUUUGGAUGAUAGCUUGAGUGACGAAGACAGAGCCAAGCUGGCGGUGUGGGAUUACCCCGUGAGUGACAAGUACACCAAGAUGUGGUGGGCCAUGACAGAAACUGGCCUGCUCUCGAGCUUUGAGGAAGGUCUGAAAAAGGUCAAAGAGUCGAAGGGAUCGCAAGAAGGUUUCGCCUUCCUCGCGGACGCGAUGCGAGUGCAGUAUGCCACCAUGACCGACUGUGACCUCGUCUCCAUUGGCAGAGAAUUCAGCAAGAUGCCCCUGGCACUGGGCGUACAGCGCAACUCUCCCUUGAAGGACAUGCUAUCCAGCGCCAUCAUCAAGCUUCUCAGGGAAGGUCGUUUGGAGGACCUUAAGGACAUCUGGUGGAACAAGAACCCUGCCAGACAAAACUGUGACGACAAGGACCGUCAAAGCGACGCCAUCGGUAUUCGUAACAUUGGGGGCGUUUUCAUCGUCAUCGGCAUCGGCGUCGUUGGUGCUGUCAUCACCCUGGGCAUAGAAUUCUGGUGGUUCGGGAACCGCAAAGCUGGCACCAAAGUGGUCACCGUCAAGGAGCACUCUGGCAAAGACUCUACCAAGCGUCCCAUGAAAUACUAG